GUAGCUUUGAGCAACACACAAUCCACACUUUUGACCACUCUAUCCAACCUAAAACACCCACUUCACAUUAACACCAUCAUUCCAACCAUCAAAAUGAAGGGACUCUUGCUUAUCACCCUCGCCGCUGCUGGCUUGGCCGCCCCCCUUACCAAAGAACCUGAAAAGGCAAAACGUGUCUAUGAAGGCGUUUCCUGGAUUGUGCCUGCAGGUCAAGAGGGUGACGCCGCUGAGGCUGAAAAGGCAAAACGUGUCUACGAAGGCAUUUCCUGGAUUGUGCCUGCAGGUCAAGAGGGUGAAGCUGCUGAGGCCGAAAAGGCAUAAACAGCUUAAAUGUUCAGCUGUGGUCUAGCUCAAACGUUGGGACCCAUCAAUUAAACCAAGGGCAACUGAUACAGGGACACUGCACAACCAAUUCUAGGAAAUUAUGAUACUACUGGACCCCUAGUCUUGACAACAAGCACUGUCAUAUCGAUCUAGAUACCUGGCGAAUGCACUUCACCCGAGCAAAUAAAUCUACAGCACUUGCAGAACAAAAUAACACAUGUGUCUUCUAU